UCUGACCUGUGAUCAAGAACGGAACACGGAGUCUAGCAGAGACACUGGACCACAGCCAAAAGAUCUUUUACGAAGACAAAGAAAUAAUAUACUGCUUCCUGUUGACAUGUCUCCUCUGAGGAUUGUGCUGCUGGGCAAAACUGGGAGUGGAAAGAGUGCCUCAGGAAAGACCUUCCUGGGGAGGGGAACUUUUACAAUAGAAGUCACUGAAACCUGUGCUAAGAUGCACACUGAGGUGGAUGGUAGACAGAUUAUGUUGAUCGAUACACCAGGAUCAAUUGAUAUAGAAAAUGAGACAGAUAUGCUGAAAAAUGAGCUACAGGAGAUAUCUCUUCCUGGGCCCCAUGCCUUCCUGCUGAUGAUCAGACUGGAUGCAAGAUUCACAGAGGAGAGGAACACAGUGACGUGGAUCCAGGAGACCUUUGGUGAAGAAGUUUUAAAGUACACUAUAGUGCUCCUUUCUCAUGGAGAUAUGCUGGAGGGAGAACCAAUGGAGGAAUUUCUGCAGAGACGUCCUGCUCUCUCUUCCCUUAUUAAAGAUGCUGGGGGUAGAUAUCAUGUCCUCAACAAUAAGAGUGAAGACAGGACUCAGGUCAGAGAGCUACUGGAGAAAAUAGAGGCCAUGAUGGGGGAGAAUGGAGGAGGGUACUAUGAGUGGAUGAGCCCAUGGGAGACAAAGAGGGAGAUCAUGUCAGGAACAGUAAGAGUAGUACUAUCAAUAGUCCUAGCACUUGUCAAGGUAGUAGUAAAAACAUCAGAACAAGUGUUAAAAUAUUCAAUAAAAGAAGCAGAAGCAUGGGCACCAACAGAAAAAGGAAGGCGAAAGGCAGCAGCAAUAUUAGGAGCAACAGCAGGGGCAGUAGUAGGUGCUCUGGUAGGUUCCGUAGAAGGACCAAUAGGAAGAGCAGUACUAGCAGCAGUAGGAGCAACAGUAGGUGCAGUAGCAGGAGCAGGAGUAAUUGCAAUAACAGUAGGAACAGCAGCAACAAGAAAAGCACUAGUAGGAUUUAUCAUAGGACCAUUAUGUGAUUUACUGAUAGCAGCAGCAGCAGCAACAGGAGCAGGAGCAUCAGUAAUAGCAGCAGCAGGUGCAGGAGCAGGAACAGUAGUAGGUGCAGCUGUAGGCGCACUAGUAGGAGCAGGAGCAGGAAGAGCAGCAAUAGCUGCAGUAAUAGCAGCAGCAGUAGCAGCAGCAGUAGCAGGAGCAGCAGGGGGAGCAGCAGGAGGAGCAUUAGUAGGAUAUGCAGGAGGACCAAUAGGAGCAGCAGUGGUAGCAGCAGUGGGAGCAGUAGCAGUAGCAGGAGCAGCAGGAGGAGCAGCAGCAGGCGCAAUAGUAGGAUUCUCAGGAGGACCAAUAAGACUAGAAGCAGUAGCCGUGAUAGCAGCAGUAGGAGCAGAUGCAGGAGUCACAGUAGCAGCAGUAGGAGCUGGAGCAGUUGGAGGAGCAUUAGUAGUAAGAGCACUCAUAGGUUCCGUAGCAGGACCAAUAAUAGGCACAGUAGGAGCAGCAGGAGGUGCAGUAGUAGGAGCAGGAGUAGGAGCAGGAGCACUAGUAGGAUUCACAGGACGACCAAUAGGAGCAGCAAGAAGAGCAGCAAGGGGAGCACUAGUAGGACUCUUAGCAGGACCAAUAGGAGCAGCACUAGUAGUAGCAGUAGCAGUAUCAGUGUUAGGAGCACUAGUAGGACCAAUAGGAGCAGGAGUAGGGGCAGGAGCACUAGUAGGAUCCGUAAGAGGACCAAUAGGAGCAGCAGUAAGUGCAGCAGGAGGAGCAGCAGGAUGUGCAGUAGCAGGAGCAUUAAUAUUUCUGAGAGAGAGAGUGAGGGAGUAUAUGAAUAGAUAGAUAGAUAGAUAGAUAGAUAGAUAGAUACUUUAUU